AUGAAGCUAUCAAUUUUGAGGAUUCAUGGCUUCAUCUGUUUCACAAUUGAAUAUACGCAAGAUAAAAGAUUAAAAUUUAAAAAGUCAUGGUGGGAGUUUGUUUGGUUCGUUUUAAGUUCUAUCCCAACUUUAGUAGUUUUGAGUUCAGUGAAAGUGUUAAAUGAAGAAGUUGAACAAAAAAGCGAAAUAUUUAAACUAUUUAGUUUUUCCAAAUCCGGAGGGUUAUCAAUAUUUCUUAAUAAUGAUUUACCCGUUACUACUGCUCUGGUUAAUACUUCUUAUAAUGUUUGGAUUAAGCAUUUGGAUGAAAAAUCAAGCGGAAGAAAUUGUGAAAAUUGGACUUCAGAUACAAUACAAAGUGAAAACGUCACCAAAAGUCAUCAAAUUUGCUCAACUGCUUUCCUUACAACUCCAUCAUCGUCCACCAUUAAUUUCUUAUGGAGUAAGUCAUGGUGGGAAUUGGCUUGGGUCGUUUUAAGUUCUAUCCCAACUUUAGUGUUUUUGAGUUCAGUAAGAGACAAGAAAUACGCAUAUAAAGAUGAUGAAGAUAAGGAAAAAAGCGAAAUAUUUCAAAAGGAACGCGCAUUGAAAGGAUCAUUACAUCGAAAAUUGAAAGAAUAA